AUGCCCCGCCUGAGCACAGCAGGAGCAGUGGUGGCUUGGCUGCUGGGCUAUAAGCCAGUCUUGUUUGGGUUCCUGUUCCUUCUGCUAUUGCUUAGCAACUGGCUGGUCAAGUAUGAACUCAAGCCCACCCCCUCAGAGUCUCAGAAGGAGGAGGCGGAGAAACCAAAGACCCCCGAAGCCAACCCCGACAAAGUCAUGUGCAGGAGAGAAGUGGAGAGGAUGCACGCCUGCUUUGCGCUCCAGGACAAGCUCCUCGAGCGGCUUCUGUUCAGUGAGAUGAAGCUGAAGGUCCUCGAAAAUCAGAUGUUCAUCAUAUGGAAUAAAAUGAACCAUCGCAGGCAUUCAAGCCGACACCGCAACUUUCCCAGGAGGAAACGCAGAACGAGGAGGCAGGAGUCGACUGGCUCUUUCGUCUCCGGCUGUACUUCCAAUUCUCUCACCUACGGAAACUGACGUGGGCGGGCCUCUGCAGAUGCUACCUUGACUCAGUAAAACCCAGUCGGAGGCUGUUGGAUGUUCUUGGUAUGUCCCACUAGGGAGGUGGCUGGGAACCAGGAGGAGAGGCUGAAAGUCAACUUUGGAAAAGAGAUCUAUUCACAGCAGCUCAGCUGGGUAGCACCCACUGACAGCCCAACAGGGCUCCAAAGCCCACCCCUUCUUGUCUUUAAGUUGGACCACCUUACUCAGGCCCAGAGCCUCUGUCCCCACUGCUGCCCCAGGCUUCAGGUUCCUCUCUCAGCAUGCACUCAAAGGCCAGAGCAAGCCUUGCCAUGCACAGCUCUGACCACUUUCAUUGUUCUUGAGCCUACGUCGCGCUGUCAUGGUAGACAGAAUGAAACCCACCUUCUUUCCCUGGCGUUUAGGCCCUCCAGGACCUGACCCUUUUCCAGCCUUUCUCCCUGUCCAUUACUCCCCUCCAAUGCUUUCAGCUCCAUGCUAGAGCACCCCAAACACCAGCUGUUCGUCUACCACCUUUGUGAGUUUAGCCAUAGCCGUGAACCACCUAUACGUAUACCUCGAUA